CACUCCGGCGGGACCAUCCUCGCAGGGCACCUUUGGGCGCUGCUACCAGCUGACGGAGGUGGCCAGCGGCAGGGUCUACGCGGUGAAGGUCAUCCCGCGAGCCCGGCUCGCCGUGGUGGGCUUCGGGGAGAGGGUGAGUCUGGGGGGGGCACACACAAGUCCCCAGGGAGGGGGGAUGAUGCCCACAGGGACCCUGCAGACCCCCACAGCCCCUGUGCUUGCUCCUUCUCCCUCCUUCCUGGGUCACUGGGUGGGUUCCCAUCCCUGUCCCCCCAAGGGUGAGUGCUGGGGCUCCCCCGAUCCAGAGGGUCCCCCGGGGGGGCUGCCGGGGUGGUGCCGAUGCAGGUGGAGCGGGAGCAAGAGCUGCACGGCCGCCUGCGCCACCGGCACAUCGUCCGCCUCCACGGGCACUUCGCCGACCGCAGCCACGUCUACCUGCUGCUGGAGUACUGCAGCCGGAGGUCCCUCGCCGACAUCCUGCGGGCCCGGGGGAGGCUGACGGAGCCGGAGGUGCGGUAUUACCUGCGGCAGAUCAUCUCAGGGCUGCGCUACCUCCACGGACGGGGCAUCGUCCACCGGGAUCUCAAGCUGAGCAACUUCUUGGUGACCGAGAAGAUGCAGGUGAAGAUCGGGGACCUGGGGCUGGCGCGGCAGGAGGCACCAGCCGGCCGGCGCUGGGGGGCGCUGUGUGGGACCCCCAGCUACCUGGCCCCGGAGGUGUUGGACCGCAAGGGGCACGGGGUGCCCUCAGACAUCUGGGCCCUGGGCUGCGCCAUGUACGCGGCGCUGACGGGCAGCCCACCGUUCGAGGCGGCUCACCGGCAGGAGCUGUACCGGCGCAUCCGGGCGGCGCAGUACCCGCUGCCCACCCACCUCUCGCCCCGUGCCCGGGCUCUCAUCGCCCGGCUGCUGGCCCCCGAGCCUGCGGAGCGGCCCAGCCUGCGGGACAUGCUGGAUCAUGGCUUCUUCACCCAGGGCUUCACACCGGACCGGCUGCCACCCCACGCCUGCCGCUCAGCUCCCGUCUUCGUGGGACAGGAUCCAGCGUGCAAACUGCUGCGGGGGGCUGCGGCGGCGCUGGCGAGGGGGUGGCCGUGCUGGGGGUCACCACCCUGCUGCCUCGGCCCGGCAGGGAGCGGGAGGCAACCAUCUCCCUGCCGCGAAGGAAGAGAUUCCUCGGCGGGACCUGAGCCAUGCAAAGAUCCGCUUAGGAAAAUCUUUAUUAGUGCUAGGAACCGUCUAAAAUCCAGUCAUUGA